AUGGGCGCCAAAGAAAUAUUCUUCAAGCUUCGAAAGUUUCAAAACGGAAUCAAACCUUCUUGCGCUCAGAAUCCGCAACUCCAGAGGGUCUCCACGAAUGAGUCGUUGACAUUUUCUUUUUAUGAAAGGAGGAAGGCGACUGAGAAUAAAUUAGCAAAGGAAAGAGGGGCGAGAAACUUUUUAUUAGAAGAACAACAAAGGAAGAGGAGGAAAGACGAGAAGAACCGAAUAAAAAAUAAGGCAAAAGAAGCAGAACAGAGGGUGGCCGAGGGACACGCCAUGCGUCAAUUAAGUUUGCAACAGAUGAAGACCCAGCUAAAGAAAUCGACAAAGGAAAAGGCAACGAAUGGUGUUUUUACUCCUAGGAAUCCCGAUGAGGAGGAUGUUGAUGAAGAGUGGGACUGGAAGGGCGAUGCGGUGAGCUUGAGAGAGUGGGCUUAA